UUUACUCUUCUUCUUCUUCUUCUUCUUCUUCUUCUUCUUCUUCUUCUUCAGUUCAUCCAUGGAUCUUCCCACUGCUCCUCACCAGCAAAUUGACACAAAUUCAAAGGAACAAGCCAAAAAGCCAAGGCCACAGCCAGAGCAAGCCUUGAAAUGCCCAAGAUGUGACUCAACCAACACCAAAUUUUGCUACUACAACAACUACAGCCUCUCUCAACCUAGAUACUUUUGCAAAUCCUGCCGCCGUUACUGGACUCAAGGCGGCACCCUCCGCAACGUCCCCGUCGGCGGUGGCUGUCGUAAAAACAAACGCUCCUCCUCUUCCUCUUCCUCGUCCUCCGCACUCGCCGCCUCCUCUAAGAAACCCCAAGACCAUCCCUUUGCCUCCCCCGUCCCCGCCCUACCUCACUUGGCUUAUGAUCACCAAGCCAAUGACCUUAGCCUCGCAUUCGCUAGACUUCACAAAACCGGGACCGGGACUGGAACUGGACCCUCUUCAUUUAACGACUUUGAUUUCUCCGUUUUUAACGGAUUUGGGUAUAAUUCUCAACCUGUGUACUACGACAACGACAACAACAACAAUAACAUGGGAGGAGGAAUCGAAAGAUUACACUCGUACGAUCAUCAAUAUGGCAAUGUUACAACGACGGCGACGGCGACGACGGUGACGACGACGAAGCAAGAGGUAUUAGGAGGCGGAGGCGGGGGCGAGGAAAGUCGAAUGCUUUGGGGGUACCCGAAUUGGCAAAUGAACAAUAAUUCAACAGAUUCAAACAUGAUGGGUAUGGAUUUUGAUUCUGGAGGUGUUCGUGAGAGCUGGAAUAAUAAUGUUUCUUCAUGGCAUGGUCUUCUCAAUACCCCACUCAUGUAAUACUCUCUCAUAGUUUUAGUGUUUUUUUUUUUUUUUUUUUUUUUUUUUUUUUUUUUUUUUUUUUUUUUUU